AUGGAUAUUGACGGAGGGAAUAGUGACGGGGAGGAGAGAUCCAGUGAAGGAACCUCGGAGGGUACCGUAGAUAACCGUCCCUUCAUUCUUCCUGAGGAUUGGGCCGUCAACAGAUUUUUGCCUGGGAUGAGUGGUAAAGUUUUUAGGGAGUUACGGAUCCAUUAUCAAAUCCCAAACCACAUCCCCCUCCGUCUCCCUAGAGAGGGUGAGAGGUGUUACUCCGGGCGGACAGCGGACGUCGGCAUGUAUGACGCCAUGUUUGCUGCCGGCCUGAGAGAUGGAUUCUGCGAAGCAAAGGAUACGGGCUGCCGCAGCUCGUCAGAAGGAGGAGAGGAAGGCCAAGGAAGCAGGGGGGAAGCCUCGUCAACCCCCACGGCCGUCGCCAAAGUGGCGAAGAGGAAACCUGACGGGAGUGACGGCCGUCCCUCGAAAAAGCCUGCCGUUACUCCGUCAGUCGAACCAUUGAAGGAAAAGUCCCCUCCGACGUCUGGCCAUGGUGCGGGAAAGGGGGUGAUGACUUCCGCUGGUCCCGUCACUGAGGGUCCGUGCCGUCUCCUAACCCACAAAGAAUAUGCCGUCGGGGAGGUUGAAUCCCUGAUAAAACCGACGGACAUGGAGCCCUGUGAUCAAGUAGGGACGGAGGAUUUAGGGGCGUCGGCCCUCUUUGAUCUCUCCAGGGCCUUGGUUCGUGUCAAAGCCCUCCGUGACCGUUGCGUGGCGAAGGAGGGGGUCGUCAGUCGAGUUCGCAGCCAUAACAAGAACUUGCUGAAUCAGCAGGCUCAGUAUAAGGAAGCCGUCCGUCUCCUUAACCAGGAGCUGCAGGAAGUCAAGGAGAAACUGACGACGGUCAGUGGCGAGAACGUCAAGCUCCAAGGAGAGGUGACGGCUCUGGAGGAGAAGUUACAGACGGCGGGGGCUGACGCGAUUGGAGACUUCAAAACGUCGCAGUCAUUUAUCGACUCAUGUGGUCAAUAUUACGGCACUGGGUUCGAUGACUGCCUUCGACAGGUCGCGUCGGCCUUCCCGGAGCUGGACUUAUCUGGGAUUUCAAUGGAUGAUGGAGACGACGUCUCUCUUCAGCCAGAACCUACUCCGGAGCAUGACGGCUCGGUAGUCCUGGCUCAGCCUGCUGCUAAUCCUACAGCUUCAGAUUCUCCAACCGUUAUCGUGGAUGUUGAAGACCAUCAGGCUGACGGAAAUCCUGCUGACGCUCCUCCUGCUUAA